AUGCCCACUCCUGAGUUAGGCGAAAAACAACAAAAGCAAAAUCUCGAUCGUGAGAUUCGAGACAUGAUAAAUGCACUCACUCGUCGCCUUGCCCAUCUCCAUAAGAAACCGAGUGAGGGAGGAAGUGCAAGCAAUGUUCAUGAUCAUGAACAAGAGGAGAAGGAUGCGAAUGGUGGUUUUGGGAUCAUAACUAUGGCUGGAAGCAACGAGGGAGCCACUAUGAGAGGUGAGCUCGACUUAAUGAGUAUGGAGAACCAUAAAUUAGGUAUGAAACAAGAUAAUGAAGAGUCUCUUCCUCCAUUGACAACCUGCCUUAAUGGCAACUUCCAAGGUGUCAACAAUUCUAUCAUGGUCGGUGGUAGUUACUCUACCAAUGAUCCUGGUAUCCAUUUGAAUGUUGAUGACCAUUACGAGCAACAUAAGGGGGAGUUUGGUCUACGGAAGUAUGGAAAGAAGGGCAAGAAGAAGGCUCAUUCUGAAUCCUCUAAAAGUGACCAUUCUAACUAA